AUGGGUGUCACAUUUUCAUCGAUGUUCUCCAAGCUGGCGUUCUGGAACAAAAAUGAGGAAGUUAGAAUAUUGAUGCUUGGUCUCGACAGUGCGGGUAAGACCACCAUCUUGUAUCGACUGCAGAUAGGAGAGGUUGUAUCCACAAUCCCAACUAUCGGCUUCAAUGUCGAGACAGUGACAUAUAAGAACAUCAAGUUCCAAGUAUGGGAUCUUGGUGGACAAACGUCGAUCCGACCCUAUUGGAGGUGCUACUACGCCAACACAGCAGCCAUAAUUUAUGUCAUCGAUGCAUCAGAUACAGAACGCCUCGACACAGCAAAAGCGGAACUGCUAGCAAUGUUGUCAGAAGAAGAGCUCAAAGACUCGAAGCUUCUCGUCUUCGCCAACAAGCAAGACUUGCCAGGUGCAUUGAAUGAAGGACAAGUAAGCGAGAAGCUCGGCUUGAGCGAGUUGAAAGAUUGUCAAUGGUCGAUAUACAAAUGCUGUGCUACAAAAGGCGAAGGGUUGGAAGACGGCCUGGACUGGCUUGUCAACACCCUUCAAGCAAAGUAA